GUGACUGCAGCCAACCACGUUUUUGUAUCAUCAUGUAAACUGAAAGCCUGUAAGCUGUGUUUGCUCUUCAGCAGUUAACAGUCGUACAGAACUGUGUGGAGUGCUACAUGAAAGAAAUUCUUUCAGAAAAUGGAGGCAAGGCAGCUGAAAAGAGAUGUUGAAGCCCUUAUUGGUGAUUACAUUGGGCAGAAACUCAGAGAAAAGUCUUUUGAUCCAAAGGGGAAGGGGACCUCCACGAUGCUGGAUGACCUGGCUCACUAUGACCUUGCCAUUAGUGUUGCCCUUUGGUGGCUGGACAAAGAAGCGGGACGGGAUAUGCUCGACAGAGACAUCAUUGGAGCAACACACAGCGCAGGAAGUGCCCGGUACCCUAACCGCUUAGAACGGGAGGCUAUGAUCCUGUCGUCCUUUGCUGGGAUAAUUAUGAAUAGCCUACCAGUGGAGGAAAUCUUGGCUCUGUACCGGUGUAAACCAGCUGCUUCAUACACCAACCAGCAAUCCAAGGGUGCAAUCGUCUAUCCCUUUACUCUAUCCUAUCAUCCGUUCGCCAUGCUUGGCUCUUACAAGGCUGUGCACCACUCCAAGAGGCACAGUCUGAAAUUGAAAAGAUGGCUGUCUGAGAAGGUGAAGGUUAGUGCCCCGCCUGGACGAGUCUUGGUGCAAUCUUCAGCAUCGUCCUCUUCCUCGUCUAACUCCUUCCUCAGUUCUCAGGACAGCAAUCAUUGCCUUGAGGAAAGAGCCGAACACUAUGAGGGGUCACAAGAGUCUCUGCAGGACUAAAGUCACCCUCCACUAGCACCUCCUGCAGUCUGGUUUUGUCCUCAUAAUGCACUUUAUAUCUGUACAUCUUGGGGACAGUUUCCCAUUUCUGCUGUCUUUACUUUUGGUGUUUAUACUGUCGCACUGAAAAUCUUUAAACUUUAACUUUUAUAGGUCCAGUGUGUAAUACAUUGAGGAGGAUCUAUAUUAUAAAUGGAAUAUAAUAUUCAUAGGUAUGUUUUCAUUAGUGUAGAAGAAUCUUGUGUUUUUGUUACCUUAGAAUGAGCUGUUUUUAUCUACAGAGGGAGCGGGUCCUCUUCUGCAGAGAACCGCCAUGUUGAACAGCCAUGUUUCUACAGGAGCCCAGAACGGACAAACACUGGCUGUAGAUAGGGCCUUAUGCAUUUUUUGCAAGUUUCACAGCCACCGUAGAAUCUCCUGCACAGCCUGUUUUUACUCCAAGGUGGUCAAAUACAAACAUGAGCGGUGUUCAGUUAGAUGCAAUCUGCAACGUCACCUCUAGAUGCCAUUAAAUCUUACACUGGUCCUUUAAGCAGUUAUUUCAAUUUUCAGCAUUUGGCCGUUGAUGAGACAGUUUUGACGAGCGUGAUAAUUACAUUAAAAUGGUGGUGGUUGUGGCUGAUGAA